GGCUAACUAACUGCUCUAGAGUAACUAGCUUCAACUCACUUCACCCCCGCAGCAGCAGGUGCGCGACGAAGCUUCCCCACGGUGCGCUCGGAACAACGAAACGAAACUAUGAACCCCCUUCGUCUGCCAACGCCAAAUGCAACACCGCGUAUCCCGACCCUCGGCGCCCAGCGACUUCGCAAUAUAGCCAGCAGCUCCAGCGCGGAAACAAAAGACAGCAAGGACCGCACCGUGCAGCAAACCGAUCAAGACGCAUCGCAGUCGCGGUUGUCCGCCGUGGACACCGGCUACCUCCACGAUGACUUUGCGAAAGCCUUCUGCCAGCAGAGGGGAACGCGGAAGUUCCCCCUGAUCAACCGAGGAACCUUUGUGCGCACCACGGCGCUGGACCGUCUAGUCAAUAUAUUCCUUCUCAGCACGCCACCCACGCAGCGGAAGCAGAUCAUCUCGUUCGGCGCGGGCAGCGACACGCGCUACUUCCGCCUGCGGCAGUCACUCCCCGCAGAUGUGCUGCGCAACCUGGUCUACCACGAAAUCGACUUCGCCGCUGUCACGACGCCGAAGAUCGCCUCGAUCCUGCGCAACAAACUACUACCCUCGCAGGAGAUCACCGCGGUCGACGAGGCCGCCGGGUCACUGGCCGCGGACGGCAGCUACUACAUCCACCCGCUGGACCUGCGGUCGCUGCGCCCCGGGUGCGAACCUCCCACCGGCGUCGAGCUAAAAGAUAUCCCCACGCUGUUCUUGUCCGAGUGCUGUCUGAUAUACCUCUCGCCCGAGGAGGCCGAUGACAUUGUGAGGUGGACAACGACGGACUUUUCGGCGAGCGUGGGUAUGGCAGUGUAUGAGCCCAUCGGCGGCGAGGAUGCCUUCGGGAAGGUGAUGAUACAGAAUCUGGCGGCGCGCGGGAUCGUGCUCAAGACGUUGAAGAGAUACUCGACGCUGGAGCGGCAGCGGUUGCGGUUCCGGACGCUGGGGUAUACGACCAGGCAGGAGGCGGCGGAUGUAUACUACAUCAGCGAGAAUUGGGUGGCUGACGAGGAGAAGGAGAGGAUUGCGAGAUUGGAGAUGCUGGAUGAGGUUGAGGAGUGGAGGAUGCUCGCUAGGCACUAUUGUGUUGCGUGGGCUUGGAGGGGGGACGAGUUUGAUGUGUGGAACGGUGCGGUGCCAUUACAAGCGGCGGAUUAAUCACACACACACACACACACAUGCCCGAGUAUCCAUGAU